UCGUUCGGCGGUGAAGUUCGUAUGUGGCAACAGCUUCGCCACCCCAACAUCGUCAAACUAUACGGCGUGUGUGCCGUUAAUUCCCACCUACAAUUUUUCGUGUGCGAGUAUGCGAGUCAAGGCUCACUUCUAGAAUACGUCAAGUCUCCAGCCGAGAAGCGACCGACGAUGUGGAGGUACCUCUACGAAGCUGCGCUAGGGCUCGAGUAUCUUCACGAGAGAGGACUCGUUCAUGGUGACUUACGGUGCAGUAACAUUCCGAUUGGGAGUGAUGGCCUGGCGAAGCUAUCAAACUUUGGACUGAUUAGAUCUAUCAAGACGUCGAACGCAGUGCUGGAUAGGUCCGUCAGGUCGAUGCGCUGGCAGGCCCCUGAGGUUGUGAAAGGGAUGUCUCCAUCUUUUCAAUCGGAUGUAUACUCUCUGGGAAUAAGCAUUUUGGAAGCUGUGACGAAGGAGACUCCUUAG